AUGGCUGCUUCCCGAUCUACUCGUGUUACAAGAUCAACAGUGGGGUUAAACGGCUUGGAUGAAUCUUUUUGUGGUAGAACUUUAAGAAAUCGUAGCAUUGCUCACCCUGAAGAAAUCUCUUCUCAUUCUCAAGUACGAUCAAGAUCACCAAAGAAGAGACCAGAGCCUGUGCAAAUUCAGAAGGGAAGUAAUAGUGGGAGAACUACUGAUUUAAAACAGCAAAGUACUCGAGAAUCAUGGGUAAGCCCUAGAAAAAGACGACUUUCUUCAGAAAAAGAUAAUAUAGAAAGGCAGGCUGUAGAAAAUUGUGAGAAAAGGCAAACAGAACCUGUUUCACCAGUUUUAAAAAGAAUUAAGCGUUGUCUUAGAUCUGAAGCACCGAACAGUUCAGAAGAAGAUUCACCUGUAAAAUCAGACAAGGAGUCAGCAGAACAGAGAAGUACAGUAGUGGACAAUGAUGCAGAUUUUCAAGGGACUAAACGAGCUUGUCGAUGUCUUAUACUGGAUGAUUGUGAGAAAAGGGAAAUUAAAAAGGUGAAUGUCAGUGAGGAGGGGCCACUUAAUUCUGCAGUAGUUGAAGAAAUCACAGGCUAUUUGGCUGUCAAUGGUGUUGAUGACAGUGAUUCAGCUGGUGUAAACUCUGAUGACUGUCAGCCUGAUGGGAACACUAAGCAAAACAGCACUGGUUCCUACCCAUUGCAGGAAAAAUCAGUAGCUGAAAAUGGGGAUUCGGACACCCGCACUUCAGUGUUUCUUGACAGUAGGAAGGAGGACUGUUAUUUAGACCAUAACGUGCCUUGCACAAAUUCUGAAGUGCAGGUCAAGUUGGAGGACCACAAAAGAGUAACUACCUGCCUGCCUGUGGAGCAUGUUAAUCAGCUGACGACUGAGCCAGCUACAGGCCCAUUUCCUGAAAUUCAGUCGUCUUUAAGGGAUUCUGAAGAGGAAGUAGAUGUGGUGGGAGAUAGCAGUGCCUCAAAAGAGCAGUGUAAUGAAAAUACCAACAGCGCCCGGGACACAAGACUUGAGAGAAUGCCAGACUCUGGAGAACUGGACCCAUCUUCUGUUCUAGACGGUGUGUCAGCUCAAACGAUGUCUUUAGUAGAACCUCAAGAACAUCGAUAUACUCUGAGAACUUCACCUCGAAGGGCGGCCCCGACCAGAAGUCCCACGAAAAACAGUUCUCCUUGCAGAGAAAAUGGACAACUGGAGGAGAAUAAUCUGAGUCCCAAUGAAACAAAUGUAACUGUUAGUGAUAAUGUAAGUGAGUCUCCCACAAAUCCUGAUGAAAUUUCUCAGAAUGAUAAACGGAUAUGUUGUGACUCGAAAAAUUAUGGGAGUGAAGGACAAAGUAAGCCACCCUCGGAGGCAAGACUCAAUAUUGGAAAUUUGCCAUCUGCCAAAGAGAGUGCCAAUCCGCACAUUACAGAAGAGGAAGAUGAUGAUCCUGAUGUUUAUUACUUUGAAUCAGAUCAUGUGGCACUGAAACACAACAAAGAUUAUCAGAGACUAUUGCAGACGAUUGCUGUACUCGAGGCUCAACGUUCUCAAGCAGUCCAGGAUCUUGAAAGUUUAAGCAGACAUCAGAAAGAAGCACUAAAAAAUCCCAUUGGAUUUGUGGAGAAACUCCAGAAGAAGGCUGAUAUAGGGCUUCCGUACCCACAAAGAGUUGUUCAAUUGCCGGAGAUUGUAUGGGACCAAUAUACCAAUAGUCUUGGGAACUUUGAAAGAGAAUUUAAAAAUCGUAAAAGACAUACUAGGAGAGUUAAGCUAGUUUUUGAUAAAGUAGGUUUACCUGCUAGACCAAAAAGUCCUUCAGAUCCUAAGAAGGAUGGAGAGUCCCUUUCCUACUCUGUGCUGCCUUUGAGUGAUGGUCCAGAAGGCUCAAGCAAUCGUCCUCAAAUGAUAAGAGGACGUCUGUGUGAUGACACCAAACCUGAAACCUUUAACCAGUUGUGGACUGUUGAAGAACAGAAAAAGCUUGAACAGCUACUCCUGAAAUACCCUCCUGAAGAAGUGGAAUCACGACGCUGGCAGAAGAUAGCAGAUGAGCUGGGCAAUAGGACAGCAAAGCAGGUUGCCAGCCGCGUGCAGAAGUAUUUCAUAAAACUAACUAAAGCUGGCAUUCCAGUCCCAGGCAGAACACCAAACUUAUAUAUAUACUCCAAAAAGUCUUCAACAAGCAGACGACAGCACCCUCUUAAUAAGCAUCUCUUUAAACCUUCCACUUUUAUGACUUCCCAUGAACCACCAGUGUAUAUGGAUGAAGAUGAUGACCGAUCUUGUUUUCAUAGCCACAUGAGCACCACUAUCGAGGAGGCAUCAGAUGAAGAAAGUAUUCCUAUUAUGUAUAGGAAUUUACCUGAAUAUAAGGAACUAUUACAGUUUAAAAAGUUAAAGAAGCAGAAACUUCAGCAAAUGCAAGCUGAAAGUGGAUUUGUACAACAUUUGGGCUUUAAGUGUGAUAACUGUGGCAUAGAGCCUAUCCAGGGUAUUCGGUGGCAUUGUCAGGAUUGUCCUCCAGGAAUGUCUUUGGAUUUCUGUGAUUCUUGUUCAGACUGCCUACAUGAAACAGAUAUUCACAAAGAAGAUCACCAGUUAGAACCUGUGUAUAGGUCAGAGACAUUUUUAGACAGAGACUACUGUGUGUCCCAGGGCACCAGUUAUAAUUACCUUGACCCAAACUACUUUCCAGCCAACAGAUGA